AAACAAAAGAAGAAGAAGGGAAUGAAGAGAGCAAUUAGCCAAUUGCUAUUUUCAUCUAUUUUACUUGUCCGACUCUGUUUAUUCCCUCUCUAGACCAACGUCUCCAUAGUCCGUCUCCACAGACACACACCAAAGCAUCACAGAGAUAUGAGAAAACGGACUAUAUACUCAUGGCUUGUGGCGAUUCUAUGCUUUGUAGUUCUGAUGAUCGUGACACCAGCCAUUCCUCAGUCCCAAGCUUAUCAUGACUUUGCAGACAAACGCAAAUUCUUCGGUAUACCUAAUAUGCUGAAUGUGGUUUCAAAUUUCCCAUUCCUUGUUAUUGGUAUCGUAGGCCUUAUCCUUUGCUUUCAUGGGAACUAUUUUAGGCUGAGCUUGCAAGGUGAGCUUUUGGGCUGGACGUGUUUUUUCAUUGGUGUGGCGGCUGUUGGUUUUGGAUCCUCUUACUAUCAUCUCAAGCCAAACGAUGCUAGUCUUGUGUGGGAUCGCUUGCCGAUGACUAUUGCGUUUACGUCGAUUGUUGCAAUCUUUAUUAUUGAAAGAAUCGAUCAGCGAAAGGGAACUGUGUCCAUUAUUCCCCUACUAUUGGCGGGCGUAAUAAGCAUUUUGUAUUGGAGGUUUUUUGAUGACCUUCGCCCAUAUGCAUUGGUACAGUUUGUACCUUGCAUUGCUAUUCCAUUAAUGGCUAUCUUGUUGCCUCCAAUGUAUACACAUUCCACAUAUUGGCUUUGGGCUGCAGGAUUUUAUCUUUUAGCUAAGGUGGAAGAAGCGGCAGAUAAACCGAUUUACAAAUGGACUUAUCAUAUUGUCAGUGGGCACACUCUCAAGCACUUGUGUGCUGCAAUGGUUCCCGUAUUCUUGACACUCAUGCUUGCAAAGAGGAGUAUUGAAACGGAAAGGCGAAGUUUGCUACAGGCAUGGAGAAUUUCAUGGACCAAAGUUGAAGUAAGUGACACGAAGGUAGAGAGUUACACUUGCAGCUACUCAAAUGUUCCAACUGAGGAAUCACCAUAAGGUUUUAUGCUUGCUAUUUUUAAACCUGAGUUCUACACUUCUACGUGGACGGGAAGAAAAGUAACCUCGGUUACCUAUAAGCAAAUCAUUAGUCCAACGUACAAAAAUAACCGUAUUGUUUGCUUCAGAAUGUAUAGAAAUUACCUUUUUAUAGUGUGAAUAUAAUUAUAUAGCAUAACUUGUAUUUUUUUCCCUCCCG